AUGGAUGGGCCAAUUCGGGGCCGAGGCAAUCCCAUCCUACCACCCGCACCUGUCACCGGACCUCCCUUGGCACCGAAGCUAAACGCCCGGGCAAACGACUUGGCCGAACCUAAAAGGCUCCCUCCCAGCCCCAUUGCUUGUGUUGGGGGAGAUGGGGGAGAGGGCGGGCAUGGCGGGGAUGGGGGGGAAGCCAAGCUAGCAGCAGCAGUGCUCGCACUGACGCCCGUUUUUAUUGGCCGCAAAUUCACGGGGGUUGCCAGUUCCAAUUCCCCAACCAAUCGGCUUCCACUGUUUGCGGCGCCUUUCUUAGCGCUGUUGCUCCCUUUCGAUUGGUCCAAUGGUUCCCCUCCGUCUCCAUUCUGUGGCCCCGCGCCGCCUUUCAUUUCCGCUCCUUCCUUUCUCCCCGCCCACUCGCUUUCCCCCUCUCCCUCUCCUCUCCGCCCUCCUGCCUUGCCUUCCGGCGCCCGCGCCCCGUUCCCCGCCUCUUCCGCCCCCCCAGCGCGCUGCUGCACGCGACCCUCCGCGGAGGACGAGCGCGGAACGGCUCCGCCUCCUUCCAGCGCGCGCCGCAGGCACGCGGAGCAGGGCAUCCCCCAGCCGGGGGCGGCAUGCGGGCAGGGGGCAGCUGCCACCGCACUGGCGGAAGGCUCGGCGCGGGUUCGCGCGGGCAACCGCUCAUCAUCUCCGCGCGAGGAGAAGGAAUGCGAGGCGGAAAGGAGCGGUGCGGCGAUCGCGGACCGGGCGUUGGCGGAAGCGGAUUUGCUUACCGCGGGCGUCGCUGCGCCGCUGGCGGAAGCGCUGGGUGUGCCUGUACCAAGCGGUGGCGAGGAGGACGCGUUAGAAGAACGAUUCCUUCGAAGCGUGGGAACGAGCGGCGUGCGGGAGGAAAAGGAAAGAUUCCCGCGCUCCGUCGUGGUGCUGUGCUCGGGGACGGAAGAAUGGAAUAAGGAGCGCGGGUCACCGGGUGACGUGGCAGCAGAGGACGACGCCCAUUGGACCAUGAAGCGCAUGUCGCGGCCAUUCAUCGACGUGCUUCGCGACCAGAGAAUCUGCACCACAGACAAGGAUAUACUAGUAUUUCCUCGUCCUCUGCAAGCUCGUCCGCCACUCCCGGGGCAUGCGGUGCCAAAGCUGCGGCUUCACGAGCCUACCCAGCGCCGCUGA